AUAAAAACUUUUUAGACACAAAAUUCCAUUAAAAAUACUACUGACAAUAUUAAUUCUAUUCGAUAAUUAAAUUUGGGGUUGUGAAAAUUGUUUGCGAAGAGGGGAAUCUCACUGCUCAGAAUGGCCGGAAAGAAGGUUACAGUUGUUGGCUGUGGUAAUUGGGGAACUGCCGCCGCCAAAGUCAUCUCCGAAAACACACCCAAAUUCAACCUCUUCAAUCCCACCGUACGGAUGUGGGUAUUGGAGGAGUUGGUGGAGGGAGUGAAAUUGAGUGAGUUGAUAAACACUACGCAUGAGAAUAAAAAGUAUUUACCGGGGAUUAAGCUGCCAAAUAAUCUCCUCGCCGUACCCGAUCUCAACGAAUGCGUUAAAGACACCGACCUCUUCAUCUUCGUCAUUCCACACCAAUUCGUCAAAAGUACGGCUGUGAAGAUGAGGGAGUGUGGGUUAAUGAAGAAGGAGGCUGUGGCGUUAUCGUUGGUGAAGGGGAUUAUGAUUUUGGAUAAUGAACCCGUUUUAGUCUCUGACGUUAUUGAACGCGAACUCGGGAUCCCUUGCUCCGCUCUCUCCGGGGCCAACGUCGCAAACUGUAUAGCUAGGGAAGAAUUUAGUGAGGCUACGGUGGCGUAUACGACUAGGGAUGAGGGAAGGUUAUGGCAGAGAUUAUUUGACAGGCCUUACUUUAAAAUCCGUUGUAUUAAGGACGUGGCUGGGAUUCAGGUUUACGGCGCGAUUAAGAACGUCGUGGCGCUUUCCGCCGGGUUCUGUGACGGACUUGGACUUGGCUCUAAUACCAAAGCCGCAGUUAUGCGUAUUGGACUCGUUGAAAUACACAAAUUCGCCAAACUCUUCUUUCCAAACACUACUGAGGACGUCGUGUUUGAGAGUGCUGGCGUUGCGGACUUGAUAACGACGUGUAUUGGUGGCAGGAACGUGAGAUGUGCCGCUGAGUUCGCGGCUAAAGAAGGGAAAAGGUCCUGGAACGAAAUCGAACAAGAGUUUCUCAACGGUCAAAAGUUACAAGGCGUAUCGACGUGUCAUGAGGUGUAUGAAGUGUUGAGAACGCAUGACAAAUUGGCCGAAUUUCCGCUGUUUCACGUCACUUAUAAAGUUGCUUUCGAAUCCACACACCCCUCAGAACUCAUCAAAUCGCUCUCCACUGAGGAGUUGGAGAGGUUUGAGUGAUUUGAUUAGCUAUGGGGAGAUGAAUUGGAAAUUAAUUAUCUGGAAAAUAGUUAAAUUAAUUUUUCUUCAAAAUAUAUG